AUGCCGAUGAAACGCAGCAGUGAGAGCUCGGGCAGAGACGAAGCGUUUCUGAUUCGCUCGUUGACCGAGACUCUGUGCAGCUCGCCGGACGCUAAACACACAGAGUUCAAUGGACAGACGCUUUUCCCUCAGGAGGACGAUUCUGGGAUUAAAUCAGAAGCUGAGGACAGCAACGAGACGCCGUCCUCUGAGGACGACCAGGACCUGGUGGACUUCAACUCCGAGCUGAGCAUCAAACACAGCAUCUCGUCCUCCAGGAAAACCAUCAGUCAGAUCAUCAAGGACAAGAAGAAGCAGACGCAGCUCACGCUCCAGUGGCUGGAGGAGAACUACAUUGUGUGUGAAGGAGUGUGUCUGCCUCGCUGCAUCCUCUACGCCCACUACCUGGACUUCUGCAGGAAGGAGAAGCUGGAGCCGGCCUGUGCUGCUACAUUUGGGAAGACGAUCCGACAGAAGUUUCCUCUGCUGACGACCAGACGACUGGGCACCAGGGGGCACUCUAAAUAUCAUUACUAUGGAAUCGGCAUCAAAGAGAGCAGCGCUUACUAUCACUCUGUGUAUUCGGGGAAAGGUUUGACCAGAUUUUCAGGGAGCAAACUCAAGAAUGAGGGAGGUUUCACCAGGAAAUAUUCUCUCAGCUCCAAAACUGGAACUUUGCUGCCAGAGUUCCCGAACGCUCAGCAUCUCCUGCUGCAGGGAAGCAUCCCCAGAGAAAAGGUGGACACUCUGAUCAUGAUGUAUAAAACCCACUGUCAGUGCAUCCUGGACAACGCCAUCAACGUCAACUUUGAGGAGAUCCAGAACUUCCUGCUGCACUUCUGGCAGGGGAUGCCCGACCACCUGCUGCCGCUGCUGGAAAACCCCGUGAUCGUGGACAUCUUCUGCGUCUGUGACUCCAUCCUCUACAAGGUUUUGACAGAUGUUCUGAUUCCUGCUACGAUGCAGGAGAUGCCUGAAAGUCUUCUGGCAGAUAUCCGCAGCUUUGCCAAACACUGGGAACACUGGCUGGCCUCCUCCCUGGAAAACCUCCCAGAAUGCCUUGCAGCUAAGAAACUGCCCAUCGCUCGCCGCUUUGUCUCGUCCCUGAAGAGGCAAACCUCCUUCCUACACCUGGCACAGAUCGCUCGUCCGGCGCUGUUUGACCAGAGCGUGGUGACGAGCAUGGUCCUGGACAUCGACAACGUGGAUCUGAGCAGCAUCAGCUCCCAGCCGCUGCUCAGCGUCAACUCGGCUGAAGACCAGGACCCGGACAUCUACUCCGAGUACGACUCCAUCACCGUCUUCCAGGAGCUGAAGGAGCUGCUGAGGAAAAACGCCACGGUGGAGUCCUUCAUCGAGUGGCUGGACUCGGUGGUGGAGCACAAGGUCAUCAAGCCCGGGAAGCAGAGCGGGCGAACGAUGAAGAGGCGAGCGCAGGACUUCCUGCUCAGGUGGAGCUUCUUCGGAGCCAGAGUGAUGCACAACCUCACGCUCAACAACGCCUCCAGCUUCGGUUCCUUCCAUCUGAUCCGGAUGCUGCUGGACGAGUACAUCCUCCUGGCUCUGGAGACGCAGUUCAACAACGACAAGGAGCAGGACCUGCAGAACCUGCUGGACAAGUACAUGAAGAAUGCAGAUGCCAGUAAAGCAGCCUUCAUGGCGUCGCCCAGUUCCUGUUUUCUUGCCAAUCGCAACAAGGCCAUCGCCGCCAUCGACCAGUCGGUGAAGAACGAGUCUGUGAGGGAGCAGCACACCUACAUGUCCCUGUCCACCAAUCACCAGCAGAGUCUGGAGCCGAGCGCCGGCGUCUACCAGAGCUCUGACGCUGCUGGUUUCACCGUUUCAGGUGGUCAGUUGGACUUCUCUCAGGUCAGCGGGCCCCUCAUGACGCCCCCUAUCUCCCCAGCAGCGCUGGUGCACCGGGGCUCCGUCAUCAACCAGGGGCCCAUGGCGGGGAGGCUCCUGGCGUCCUCCUCUUCCUCCGCCUGCUCCUCCUCCUCUUCCUCCUGCCUCUCCUCGCUCAGCGUCAUGACCCAGCCGAGCCCCUGCUCCGCCUACCCGGAGACCCUGUACCACUGCUUGGCUCAGACCAGCCCUGGUUACUUUCCCCCGGCGAGCGGCUCCUCGACCCCGAGCUACCAGCCAACGCUCAGAUCUCAGCCUCAGAACCAGUGUCUGUCCUCGGUUCAGUCUCAGACCUCGUCCCUGGCCUAUCACCUCUCCCGGUACCCGACCUUCACCGACCAGCAGCUGAGCAAGGACCUGUUCUACAACCACCACCCUCCGUCGGUCCAUCCCUCGUCCGGCGGCUCCAGCUGCAGCCUGGCACCGUACGGUUCUGCUGUCCGACCCACGUCCAGCUACAGUUCAGGGUCCGAUCCGGUUCAGAGCGAACAGACGCUGGACGCUCAGAUCCUGGACUCGGCCGAGGGGUUCGGCUUCGUGGGGUCUGGACUGAACCCCUCGGGGGGGUGUCAGGGACAGACGUACGCUGGACACACAGGACACACCGGUUAUUAUGGCAACAGCAGUUACCUGGAGAGCCAGCGGAUGACAUCACUGGUCGACCAGCACGUGUCGGUCAUCAGCAGCGUCAGCAGCCUGCGUCCGUUCCCCUCGGCGUACUCCGAGGUCCACGACCCGCUCAACAUCCUGGACGAGCCGGGCAGGAAAACCACAGGAGCUUAUUUCACCGAGACGGAAACUACAGCAGAUCACUCGCUGCCCUCGUCGGGAUCCGCUCCCUGCAUGUUCGGAGUCCCGUCCUCGUUCAGCUCUCAGGACACUCUGUUGUCCCAGCAGCGGUCGUCCUCGGAGGUGCAGGACAUGGUGUCCUCGCUGCCGCCCAUCAACACCGUGUUCAUGGGCACGGGAGGAGUCCAGUGA